GAGAAAUCGUGUGUGUAUCUUUAGAGAGGGAGGAAGACCGAGAGAGAGAGAGAGCAUCAUCAAAAAGUUAUGGUCCACCAGCCCGCUAUUAAUGCUCUUCCCCGAAAUACCCAACCCCUCUCUCCCUCCUGUCUGCACAACUGCUACAACUUGCAAUCACUAAACCAAACCUGAAGAGAUAAAUAGCCCAACCCUCUCUCUCUCUCUCUCUCUCCGUGCUUUCUUCUCUCAGCAAACACAACCUUAGUUCUCUCCGUGCUCUCUUCUCUCAGCAAACACUACUUCAGUUCAGCCUUGAAUUCAUAGACUACGAGGUGGGAAUAGAGGCCUGCGAAAGGAACCGAAGUGGGUUGUUCUUUCUUCAUGACUUGGAGUCAACUAAUGGGGAUUUGCCUGAGUGCUAGAAUCAAAGCCGAGAGCCCCUGUCACACAGGGGUGAAUUCAAAACCUGUUAGCACAGAUGGCACUGAUCUAAGUGGCUCUGUCAGUAAAGGGUCAUCAGUUUCUGUGCCUUUGACUCCUCGGAGUGAGGGUGAAAUCUUGCAGUCUGCUAAUUUGAAGAGCUUUACCUUUUCUGAUCUGAAAAUGGCCACAAGGAACUUCCGUCCGGAUAGCGUACUUGGAGAAGGUGGAUUUGGUUCAGUUUUCAAGGGUUGGAUCGACGAGGGCUCUUAUACAGCCGCAAAGCCUGGGACUGGUGUUGUUGUUGCUGUGAAAAGGCUUAACCAAGAUGGUUUCCAAGGUCACAGAGAAUGGCUGGCAGAAGUGAAUUAUCUGGGGCAGUUUUAUCACCCGCAUCUCGUGAAACUCGUUGGGUAUUGCUUGGAGGAUGAACACAGGCUUCUCGUGUAUGAAUUCAUGCCUAGGGGCAGCUUAGAGAAUCAUUUAUUCAGGAGAGGUUCUUACUUCCAACCUCUUUCUUGGAACCUUCGUCUAAAAGUUGCUCUCGGUGCUGCAAAGGGACUUGCUUUUCUUCACAGUGCUGAAACAAAAGUCAUUUAUCGGGAUUUCAAAACUUCCAAUAUAUUGCUUGAUUCCAACUACAAUGCGAAGCUUUCUGAUUUUGGCUUGGCUAAGGAUGGGCCGACAGGCGACAAGAGCCAUGUCUCCACCAGGGUCAUGGGGACCUACGGAUAUGCAGCUCCAGAGUAUCUAGCCACCGGUCAUUUGACUGCCAAGAGUGAUGUUUAUAGCUUUGGAGUAGUUCUACUUGAAAUGCUAUCAGGCCGACGAGCAGUGGACAAGAAUAGGCCAUCCGGACAACAUGGUCUGGUGGAAUGGGCCAAACCCUAUUUGGGCAACAAACGUAAAAUCUUUCGCGUCCUCGACACCCGUCUCGAAGGCCAGUACUCUUUGGAUACUGCCUAUAAGGCAGCCAGCCUUGCAGUGCGAAGUUUGUCCAUGGACCCGAAGUUCAGGCCCAACAUGGAUGAAGUGGUGGAGGAAUUGGAACAGCUUCAGGAUUCGAAAGAAACACAAAGUAGUGCUCGACGAACAAGCAGUGGGCCAAAGCCUCGCAGACGAAGAGCCGGUGAUGGAAAAGCCGAAGCUGCUUAUCCCAGACCAUCUGCUUCCCCACUCUUCACUAAAUGAAUCACAGGAAAGUUUUGCAGCGGAGCUGCUCUUCUUUUAAUGAUAAUGCAGGUUGUUAGGCGGCGAUCUAAGGGCUUGGUGUUGUUUAACCCGUAUCUGUUCAGUGACUGUACAGGUGUUUUCGGCUAAUUUUGGUCGAUAUCAAAACUUGUGUCGACUCUCGGUCCAUAGGAAAUGUUGUUACAGCAAAAUAUGUGUAAGCCUGAUUAGCGAUGCAAGUGGUUUUGCAUGAUUGAAGUCACUGAAGUGAUUUGAGUUUGUCUGGCUUCUUUUACGCUUGUAUUUCCCUUCUUUGUAAGUAUGUUGUUUUAAAGCGUCACAACUGAAGAUCAUAUGCUAUCGCGUGUUUGCGUAAAA